AAGUCUUUCAUGUCAACCGCGACGCUGCAUCUCGCCGUUUGCAUCAGUGAAGAAGUGACGCUCUCUGACUUUGUCCAGCCAAUCGAAAUUUUGGCGGCUGGCUUCCAGACUGCUGCGACAACAAGUCCGUCGACGACAAGCGGAUACUCACCUCCCGUACCCUUCAAGGUAGUAUUUGACUACCUUGCACCAACGAUGGACCCCGUUGUAUCCGCGUUUGGUCCUUCAAUGGCGACGUUGAAUCCAACUAAAACCUACGCCCAAGUUACAGAGAGCGGAAUGCAGUACGACAUUAUCUGGGUUCCCGCUGGGCCGCCGCCGCAUGGAGGCAUAGACCGGACGCCGCCUGAGGAGAUCGAAUUUAUACGUGCUCAAGCUCCAGGCGCCAAGUACAUCCUGUCCGUGUGCAGUGGAGCGCUACAACUCGCUUUGGCUGGGGUACUGUCGGGAAAGAAGGCCACCACUAACAAGGCAUUCUACCGCGUUAUAACUGAAACAGCCACAACAGCCUCCGAUAUCGACUGGCAACCGCGAGCGCGUUGGGUUGUCGAUGGGAAUGUCUGGACUAGCUCCGGUGUUGCCGCCGGAAGCGACAUGGCCCUCGCCUUCCUCGAGCAUCUUGCCGGUGCAAAGCUUGCUCGUCAAGUCCGCGGCUUAGUGGAAAUCCCUGAAGUGUCCUCGUUUGACGACCCAUUCGCGGAAUUCCACGGGCUUGUUUAA